AACACUAACGUCUUCCGCUUAUUUCAUCUGAGCAUUUGUCUGAAAAUGCUACAUCGAAAGGCAUCUUUUCGUCUCUCUCUGCUCUCUCUUUCGCGUAAUUUCUCGGAGCCCUAAUUUAAAUUUCUCAACUUCGUGAGGAGUUUUUAGCAAUGGAAGGAGUACCAGGGAUGAACACUGUUCCAAAUCCUAACCAUUAUGACAAGUCCAUAGUGCUAGAUGUCAAACCGCUGAGAAGUUUGAAACCUGUUUUUCCAAAUGGUAAUCAAGGUCCACCUUUUGUUGGAGUUCCUCCCUUUGGCCCUUCUUCUUCUUCUUCUACUGGGUACUCACCUUUCUUCCCAUUUGGAGCACAACCACCUGCACAAGAUACUCCAGAUCUCAACCAAACUCAGUACCCACCUCCUCCAUCGUUUGUUCCACCUCUUCAGUCAUACAGAACACCUACCACUGCAUCAAAUGGCCCUAGUAGCUCAACCGGAGCUAAAAGAGGUCGUCCCAAGGGAAGUGGCAACGCCAAGAAAAAGGACAAGACCGUCCCCAAAGAGCCUACUUUGGAGGUUCAGGUUGUGAAACGGUUCAGUGGAGUUUUCGACAGCGGGAUCAGCGCAGCAGAGCGAGAAGAUGGGAAUGGGGACUUAGUAAGCAGCGUGCUGAUGCGUUUCGAUGCUGUUAGGAGGCGGUUAAGCCAGGUAGAGUACGCAAAGGCCGCGACUUCUAAAGCUGCAGGUUCUUUGAUGAGCAAUGGGGUGAGGACCAACAUGAAGAAGAGAGUUGGAACGGUUCCUGGAAUCGAAGUUGGAGAUAUCUUCUUUUCACGGAUAGAGAUGUGCUUAGUGGGUCUUCACAUGCAGACAAUGGCCGGCAUUGACUAUAUAACAAGCAAGGCCGCUGGAGCAGAUGAGGAGCCUCUAGCUACUAGCAUUGUUUCGGCUGGACGUUACGACGGUGAGGCACAGGAUCCUGAGUCUUUGAUAUACAGUGGACAAGGCGGGAAUGCGGACAAGAACAAACAAGCGUCUGAUCAGAAACUUGAGAGGGGGAAUCUUGCGUUAGAGAGAAGCUUGAGGAAAGGGAAUGGAGUGAGAGUGAUAAGAGGAGAGGAGGAUCCAGCUAGUAAAACAGGGAAGAUUUAUAUCUAUGAUGGACUUUAUUCGAUCUCAGAGUCAUGGGUAGAGAAAGGCAAGUCUGGUUGCAACACGUUUAAGUAUAAACUGGUGAGACAGCCUGGUCAGCCACCUGCUUUUGGGUACUGGAAAGCUGUUCAUAAGUGGAAAGAAGGUUUGACUCCGAGAACAGGACUUAUCCUUCCGGAUCUCACUUCAGGAGUUGAGAGCAAACCUGUUUCCCUUGUGAAUGACGUUGAUGAUGAGAAGGGGCCUUCUUAUUUUACUUACAUCUCCACUCUCAAACACUCGGAAUCCUUUAGAAUAACACAGCAGCACACUUCUGGCUGUUCCUGUCGUGGCUCAUGUGCACCGGGAGAUCUAAACUGCUCUUGCAUCCGACAGAACGGUGGUGAUCUCCCUUACCUUUACGGCGUUAUGCUUGUUUCCAGGAGACCGAUGGUGUAUGAAUGUGGUCCAACGUGUCCAUGUCACGCCAGUUGCAAAAACAAAGUGAUUCAGACGGGACUGAAGUUCCGGAUGGAAGUGUUUAAGACAGGGAACCGUGGUUGGGGUUUACGUUCGUGGGAUCCCAUUCGUGCUGGUUCUUUCAUAUGUGAAUAUGCUGGUGAGGUCAAAGACAGAGGGGAGCUCAGAAUGGAGCAUGAAGAGGACGAGUUUGUCUUUGACACAUCGCGUGUUUAUAACUCUUUUAAGUGGAACUAUGAGCCUGCGUUAGUAGAUGAGGAUCCUUCAGAUGAAAUCUCCGAGGAGUUUAGUCUCCCGUCACCACUCCUGAUCAGUGCUAAGAACUUUGGCAAUGUAGCUCGGUUCAUGAACCAUAGCUGCUCCCCCAACGUUCUGUGGCAGCCAGUUAUUCGUGAAGGAAACGGUGAACCUGUUGUUCACAUUGCUUUCUUUGCCAUCCGUCACAUUCCUCCAAUGGCUGAACUGACAUAUGAUUAUGGAGUCUCCCUUGCAUCCGAGGCUAGAGAUGGGAGUGUUUUACAUGGAAAGAGGCACUGCAACUGUGGUUCUGUGAAAUGCCGUGGUUCUUUUGGAUGAUCUGAGAAACUGGCAGAGAGUAACAAAGAGGGUGUGAUGGCUUUUGUUGUGCGCAGGAAACUGUGUAUGCAUUUGCAUGUUCUGUGGCAAUGCAUACACUUGUAAUGUAUUGUAUUCUAUUGGCACCAUAUCGGCUUUAGUUUCCAUGCUCUGUGGGUUUGGUAAAAUUACACUCUAGAGCGAUUCAGUUAUGUUUUAAAGCUUUUUUUGUAACAAACUUAUCCGUAGACUUCAAGAAUGAGAAAAAAAAUGAUGUAUGUUUAGUAUUA